GCGCACUCCGAAGGCAAGGCCCGUAAGACGCGGGAGAGCAAGAUGGCGGCGCCGAGCCUCCCCACGCCGCUGUACGGGCACGUGGGGCGCGGAGCCUUCAGCGACGUGUACGAGCCCUCGGAGGACACGUUCCUGCUCCUGGACGCGCUCGAGGCGGCGGCGGCCGAGCUAGCCGGAGUGGAAAUAUGCCUCGAAGUAGGAGCAGGGUCUGGUGUGGUGUCUGCAUUCCUGGCUUCCAUGAUAGGUCCUCAGGCCUUGUACAUGUGCACUGAUAUCAACCCCCAGGCAGCCGCCUGCACCCUGGAGACAGCACGCUGUAACAGAGUUCACGUUCAGCCAAUAAUUACAGAUUUGGUCCAAGGCUUGCUGCCCCGAUUGAAGGGAAAAGUUGACCUGCUGGUGUUUAACCCCCCCUAUGUAGUGACUCCGCCUGAAGAGGUAGGAAGUCACGGAAUAGAAGCAGCUUGGGCUGGUGGCAGAAACGGCCGAGAAGUCAUGGACAGAUUCUUCCCAAUGGCUUCAGAACUCCUCUCCCCAAGAGGGCUGUUCUACUUAGUUACCAUAAAAGAAAACAAUCCAGAAGAAAUUGUUAAAACACUGAAGACAAAAGGUCUGCAAGGGACCACAGCACUUUGCAGGCAAGCAGGCCGAGAAAUCCUGUCCAUCCUCAGGUUCAGCAAGUCCUAGUGUCCUGAGAAAGCCACCAAAGUACGCAAGACCUGCCUGAAGCUGAAUGCACUCAGUAGGUUUGAGACUGACGCCAUUCCCUGGCCAAGAAAUUUUAUCAGAAAUUUGUUAUAAAGAAAAAGGUGGAGUCAGGGCGGUGGUGGUGCACACACCUUUAAUCCCAGCACUGGGGGGGAGGCGGGGAGACAGGCUGAUGGACCUGAGUUCAAGCCCAGCCUAGUCUACAGAGCGAGUUCCAGGACAGCCAGGACUGCUACACAGAGAAACCCUGUCUCAAGGGAAAAAAAGAAGAAAAGGUGAGGGCUGGAUAAAUGGCUAAAAGGUUAAGAGCACUGGCUGCUAACACAGAGGUUUAGGGUCCAGUUUUGAGCACCCACAUGGUAGCUCACAGCCACCCAUAACCCCAGUUCCAAGGGAUCCUACCCUUUUCUGACCUCUGGAUACCAGGCACACAUGUGGUAUACAUACAUAAAGCAAGACACCCAUACACAGAAAACAACAUAAACCUAAAAAAGAAAAAGAUGUUAAGCUGGGGCAUUUUGUUUUCAGGGACUCAAGUAUAUGGGUAUUUCUGUACAUGUGCAAGUAAAUGUGUAUAUUUAUAAUUUACAUUUUAUGUUAUAUUUAUAUAUGAAAUUAUGUUUGAUAUAGCAUUAGCUAUAUAUAAUAGCAAAGUAAUAUAUGAUCACCCUAAAUGUCCAUCAGAAAGGACACUGGUUAAAAUAAAUGCCAGUUAUCCAUUCCACUGAACAUACAGCCAUGAAACGAGUCGCUGUGUAGACCCUGAACCAGAGGCUCCAUGGCAGCUCGUCACAACUAAUGCAAAGAAGCUGCAGAUGAAUUUUACCCCAUACAUGCAAUUUUAAAAAUCCAGCUGAGGCAGUGUGUUGAUGUGUGUACAUGACAAAGGCGUGGGAGGUAAACUGCAGGAAUAAAAGAACUUCACUCUUUUGUGGUGGCAUGCGCUUUACACAAUGGUAAUAUUAAACAAUUACAGUGGAUUAUCAUAAACAACAUGAUAAAAACUCAAAUGGAGGCAUUGUUUCAUUCUUUGAAGAAAAAACAUCACUCAAUGACUGCAUUCAUCAGGAAGGUACUUUGUUCUCUAUAGUUAUUCAUAAAGGCCCACCAGAGGCCAGUGAUGGCAUCCAAAAAGUCCAGCCAUAUACCUCCUAUGGAGGGAGCGGUAACCUUAGAUAAUAAUUUGCAGGGCCACAUUCCCUCUCUAUUUUUUUAGGGAUGGCUACUGGUACAUUGCCUACCUAUGCUCAGUGAACAACCCUGUACCCAUAUGGAUAUAGGAGCACUGCCUGGACUCAGUGAGUUAAAAAAAUAUACACAGGUAAGCUUUUGUUUUGUUUUCUGAGACAGGGUUUUCUCUGUUACAGCUCUGGCUGUCCUGGAAGUCAAUUUGUAGACUACCCUCAAACUCAGAGAUCUGCCUGCCUUUGCCUCCCAAGUGCUGAGAUAAAAGGCAUGCACCACCACCACCUGGCCAGAUAUAAUCUUUUAAAAGUGUAUGUAUGUGUAAAUAUAUGCUGCAUGUGAGCCAGAAGACAGUGCCAGAUGACCUAGAACCAGAAUUACACGUGGUUUUAAACCACCCAGCACAGGCUUUGGAACCAACCUCGGGUCCCCUCAAAGAGAGCAGUAAGUGCUAUUAGUCAGUAGGCCACCUCUCCAGCCCUGUAUGUGUAACUUAAAAGUAGGGCAUGAAGUUGAGGAGGUAUGAGGAGGGUGAGGGGAGGUUAUGAUCAAUACACAUUAUAUACAUGUAUGAAAUUUUCAAAUGAAAAUAAUAAUUCCCAGUUCAUGAUAGCAUAACUAGGGUCAGGAUAACUUGGUGAUCAAUAUUCUCUAUUCAUAUCUGCCAAGAUACACACAGUAUCAGGCCAGGGGCUGUCACUCAAAGCAAAAGCAGCUGUGUUACUAGCAGGGUUUUACUCCAGAAUCCAGAAGGCCUGCAACUGCGGAGCCCCUGGAUGGAAUCCCUGCCUGCCAUUACAUCCUCAGACACCAUGGGUUUGCUGGACCACAUGGCCAGAGUGCCAGAGCAGCUCACACACAGCCUGGACUUCAGAGAGUGGGAAGGAGCAGGCUGUAGGUGAGACCUCAGGUACUCAGGAACACUUGUUCCCAACCUGUGGUCUUGCUGCCAGUGUGCCACAUUUGGGGAGUGGACAGGUAGGUGAAAACCUGUUGGCUUUAGCAAGCUGCACUAAUGGAAACUCCAGAGGGAAAGUCCACCACACCGAACUGUCAGGAACGUACAGGAUGGCUGAUUGUAGCCUGCCUGCAGCCUACGUCAGCUCGUUUCAUCGCUGGCAGGCACAAGAGCAGCACACAUUAUUACAGCACAGCAGUUAGUAUGAACAUGGGUGUGUCUUCAUCAGUUACACCACAUGUACGCUGUGUUCCAGGAGAACUGAGGAGGCCCUGGCACGCCUGCCUUUAGUGUACAUGAGGUUUACCAGACUGCAAUGGAGAGAAACAGUACCCAUGCCUCCAGCUGAUGCUGAGAAGAGAUGAAAUGGAAUAGUGUGGUAACACAUGAAAAUGCCAUAGUUAAGCCCGUUACUUCAUAGGCCAAUUCAGUGAAACUAAGUUGUUUCUUACCCCCAAGUGCCCUAUAGAAUCAGGGUAUCAAAACCACAAAUUACAGGAUGCCUUGGUGUUACUGAGAGGAGUCCUUAUUCUUAAAGUUCACAGUAAGUCAAAGCUACCAGAGACAGGUGAACACCCUGAAUAAGACCUUUUAAUAAGGAAUAUCUGCAAAAUGGAAAGACAAAUCUAUACAGACACUGGAGGAUUCCAUCACAGAUACAUAACAUUUCUACUACCUCUAAUUUGGAGCAGAAAAAAAGAGUCAGGUUAUAAGACCUGUAAAGUAAAAUUUGGUGAGGACAGGAGAGCUUUAGAAUGUUGUGAUGCCUACUGUCAACCUGGCUGUAUCUGGAGUUAACUAAAACCCAAGUGAUGAGCACAUCUGUGAGGGAUUUUAGUUAAAUCAUUUGGGGUAGGAAGACCCACCUUUAAUCUGGGCCACACCUCCUGCUGGCAGCCUGUAUAAAGGACAUGGAAGAAGGAAGUUUUUGCUCUGCCUGCUUGUUCUUGCUGGCAAGUCCAUUCCUUCACUAGCAUUUAGAGCCUACUUUUGGCUUCUGGGAUGUACUGAAGACCAGCUGAGACAUCCAGCCUCAUGGACUGAACAACUACUGGACCUUCCGCUGGUAGACAGCCAUUGUUGGACCACAAUCUGUAUGCCAUUCUAAUAUAUACAUUCAUUCUAUAAGUUCCGUUCCUCUAGAGAACCCUGACUAAUAAAACCGUUAAGACAUAAAAAAUAAAAUAUGGCUGAAUCAAAAUGGAAAAGAAUGAUCAAUUUAAUUAAAUGGAAAAACUGUGAAAUUAAAGUCACAUACUGUGGUAUGUUUUCUUUGUGCACCCCAAUAAAGCUUACCUGAGGAUCAGAG